ACGUAUUCGUGAAUAUCUAUGAUACAUCGUUUGUUUUCUGACUGUAUUUUAUUUUUAACAAGUAGUAGCAGGUAAUAGUUCUUGGUUGUGACGUUAGUCGGCGACGAAUUAAUAAAAUGGUUGUUCAGGAUUGAUGCUUCAUCUAAAUAACGUAUAUGCUAUUGUCAGUGAAAUUAAAUACCAGGGAGAAUAUUUGAUAACAGUGAGGUCAAUGUUAUCACUGAAUUUACGUUUACCAAUGCUGAAAUGAAGCUAAAGUAUGUUAUGUAUGGUUACGCGUUGGAUUUACGCGGAAUAUUAUCGCAGAUCGCCCCUGACGGGCUCUGCGUUUCAUCGGAUUAAUAUUAAUCAAUGGCUUUAUUUGAGAAGAGGUAUACUAAUAAAAUAUUGUUAGAUGAUACAGAGAAGUUGACAAGUGUCAUUGAAAAUGCUAGAACAAUUGACGGGCAUACGGAAUAUGUGAUUAGAGUACAACGCGGUCCUCUACCUGAAAAAACGUGGAGAGUGAGCAAACGUUACAAUGACUUCGUUCAACUUAAUGCAGUUUUGUCAUUAUCAGGCAUUGACCUGCCAUUACCUCCUAAAAAGAUCAUUGGAAACAUGGAGCCUGACUUUAUAGCUCAACGUCAACUAGCUUUACAGAAUUAUUUAAAUAUAGUACUAAUGAAUCCCAUAUUGGCAUCAUCUCUUCCUAUGAAAAAAUUUUUAGAUCCUGAUAAUUAUACAACGCCGUUACAUGAAAUAGCACUACAGCAAGUAUCAUUAGCUUUACGCAGUGAUGCUAAUUUCGAAGUUGGGAAAGCUAUUCCUGAUAUGGGAUGGCGGUUAAGAAAAUAUUAUUAUACUGUUAAGAAUCGUCAAAAUCCAAAGCAAGAAUAUUUACUUGCUUGGGUAGAAUUUGGACCAGAUAAGCAUCUUCAGGACAAAGAUAUGCAAGGGGUUUUCAAAAGUCUGGGUACUUUGAAACAUAAUUACAUUGAACCAAUAGUUCACCAGCAUGUAACAGAGAAUGGAGCUCUUAUGAUAAGAAAUUUUUGUCCAACGGGUACACUGCGUGAUAUACUUUGUAUGACCAAACCUAAGCAGUCAUUCAUAAAAAAGUAUGGAAAUCCAAAACAAGUUAAAUCACUCACAUUACCUGAAGUUACUACUUAUGGUUAUCAGAUAUUGGAAGCGUUAAGUUUUUUACAUGAGAAAGGAUUACCUUAUGGGCAUCUACAUACAGGCAACAUAUUAUUGACACAGGGAUGUGCUAAAUUAUUAGAUAUAGAAAAUGGCCUUUUGGGUUUACCAGCAUUUUAUAGGCCUUAUGUUGUUCAGAGACGAAAACUUCAUGCCACGACUCAAGUGGAUGUCUAUUCGUUUGGACAUGUAUUAUAUGAGAUGGCAUUUGGCAGACCAUUAUUAGAAGCAAUGUGUUCUGAAAUGCCAACUUGCGAUAUAACAUUGAAAAAUCUACUGGAGGUAAUUUUAUCACCAGAGGCUCUCAAGCAGGACUUACCUAAGGUUCAACGUUUGCUAGAGCACCCAUUUUUUGAAACAGUGCGACGUACGAAUCUCGCUAUCAGUUCUAUAGAAAAACCACAUUUUAAACUUAGUAAUCAUUUGAAGGAAGCUUUACAAGAAGCAAUGAAUAAAGCAGAGCAAAGAUUGAGAGAUGAACAAAAGGUAGUUAGACAUCAGAAAAGGCUUGUGAAGGUUCAAGAAUUGAUGAGCACUGAAGAAGAAAUGAAAAAACGAAAACAGAAAUUGAAAAAGGAGCAAAAAUUAGCACAGGAACAACAUAUGUCUAAUCAAUUGGGAACAAAUGGUACAAAACAAGUAAAUGAUAAAAGUUCAGAAAGAUCUGAUAGCCCAACGAGUACAUCUACUGCUACCAGUGUUGGAACAUUAACGCCCCCAUCGCUUGGUUUUACAGAAAUGCCACAUGGUGAUGUACCUGUUAAAAACAUCAAUCCAUUACCACCAGCGUCUGUGUCAUCUGGUGAAGUAGAGGCCCCUAUAUCAAAACCAGGCAACGAACGUGCAGCUUUACUCGGAAGUAUCUGUUCGUUUGAUAAAAGUAAACUUCGUAGAAUUGUCAAUGGUAAUCAUUAGAGAACCUUCUCAAAGAACAAAUCAUUUCGUAAGUAAUGUUGUUCUUUUUUUUUUCUUGUUAUAAGAAAACGUGAGUUUAUUGAAUUAAAGAAAUGUUUGUUCUAUACGAGAAAAAUUUAAGUACAACAUUUUAAAAUUAUUUAGUAUUGCAAGUACCACUCUGUGUACAUAAAUCUACAAAAUUAUGGAUGUACUGGUAAAAAAUAAUGUAGAGAAAAUAUUACAAAAAGAAAAAAAAAAAUAUAUAUAUAUAUAUAUAUAUAUAAUUACAUACAGUAUUCUAAAAAAAAAUGUCAUGAAUGAAUUGGAAGACUUAAAAAAACUAUAAAAUUAAAGUUAAAUGUAUAAUCAUUAUUAAUUUGGUAGUGCCUGAAAUUAUAUAAAAAUUUUUUUAUUUAUCUUAUAGUAGUAUUAUAUAGUACCAAAUUUUCCAAUACACAAGAUUUUAUAGUCAUACAAUUUUUUUGUGAAGUAUUAAUUAUCUGAAAUUAUAAAAUACUUCGUAUAAUGUUUCUAAGUGAAAUGGACUUUUGAAAGAGAGAAAGAGAGAGAGAGGGGUGAGGAGGAAGAGGGAGAAGGAGAGAGAGAGAGAGAGAGAGAGAGAAAGAGAGAGAGAGAAAUAUUAAGUGAACAAACACAUAUUCAUAAGAUAAAUACGAUAUUUAAUCGUAUCGUAUUAAGAGACACAGAUACAUGAAAUAUAAAUGUUAGUAUUUCUUUAUAUAUAUUUUAUUAUUUUUUUUGAGAUGUCUCUUAGUAUAAUGUAUCUAAACUCAUAUUACAUACGAUAUUUAAUCUUAUUGUAUUAAAAAAAGGAGGAGAUAUAUGAAAUAUGAUUAUUAUUAUUUUUUAUGUAUCUUUUAUCAUUCUGUUUAGAGACAUCUUGUGUGCAAUGUAUUUAAAUUUAUAUAAUAUGUGUAUCCACUUAUUAUAGUAAUCAUAUUUAAAAAUAUUAUUAUAACAAGAUUUCAUGAAAAUUCUAAAAAAUAUAUAUAGAAAACCAAAUUUUAACGAUUACAAUGAUAAAUAUAAAUAUAAUUGUUUCUCAUCUCCUAUUAUCUAUAUACAUUAUAAUAUGCAUAAAAACAUGAAAUAGGAGUAAACCACACAACUAAAGAGAAUUGCUUAUAUAGAUUUGCAUAUAUAUCUCUAUAACUUUUUAAACUGAAUUCAUAUUCAUACAGACAGUAAAAAAACAAAAAAAAAAAAAAACAAAAAAAAAAAGAAAAGAAAAAUAUGAACACCAAUUGUUUUUAUCAGAAUCUUAUCAAAUAAAAUCUUUUGAUUGUCUCUUUCUUUUAGAAACCGUCCAGAGAAAGAUGUAAAGGUUCGAGAAAUUUUUUCAUACCUUAAAAGGAUUUGAAACUAUUUAAGAUAUAUAAUAAUAUUUUUUACAUCAAAUUGUUUCUUUCAUUCUAGAUAUAUCAGACUAUUUUCGUUAUGGAAUAUAACACGUAGACGAAAAACAUUAUAUGUCAGAGUGUGAUAAUGUCGUAUUUUAGUUAUUCCUUCCGUUAGCUUUACUUUAUAUAUAUAUAUAUAUAUAUCAAACGUUUAUAAUGAUAAAAAUGCAUAAUUUAUGUUUACGUACGCGAAAUAUAAGGCGAGAAGAUCGUAUGUCCUUUUUGUAUCAUUUAUAAGAUCAUUCUAACCAGUUUCAUAAGCAAAAAAAAAACGUGCCAAGACAUACGUAAUCAUUGCGUUAAUAACCUUCGUUAUAUUGUUAGUUUGUAGAAUAAAUUAUCUUUCUGUAGGAUACUAUGAAUGUCAUUAUCUAUCGAUGUUAAAUCGGAAAAUGUAAUAUAAACAUUAUUUUAAUACACCUAAUGUCCCUUGUAUGUAGGGCUUUAAAAUGUCUUUAAAAUCAAAAAUUAUAACUACCAAGGGACACAAAAUUACAUGAUUAAUAGUAUUUUUAAAUGAGUUUAAAAAAAUGUGGAAAAAAUUAAUUCUUCCUCGAACGAUAUACUUGUGUGUACAGUGAUUUAAAAAAAAUUUGAGUAAUGCAUUUAACAAACAGAUUCAUAUAUUUUAUGAGAAAAGCAACUAUUUCUAGAUUCUAUCCAACGUUUAUUUUUAUUAUUAUUAUUAUAAUAAAAUUAUGUACACAUUCUCAUGUCACUUUAAGAAUUAUAGAAAAACUAUAUUAUAUGUAUAUGUGGCUCUAAUAAUUGUAUUAUGGUGUCAAGUAGUUUAUACAGCUUAUUUAAACAAACAAAAAUAUAUUGAAAAGAUUAAUUUAUAGUAGAAUGUCAUUGUUACCAUAGUUACGUCGAUGUAUAAAGACCGUUAAAAAACAUUCGAAUUAUUCCAUAUCAAAAUAAAACACAUUUUGCCAUUUAAUAAUAUAAUAUUAUAUAAUGAAAAGUUUUAAGAAAAGAUUCUUACACACAGAAGGAAUUAUAAUUUGAAAAAUUCAAAUCAGUUUAGAAAAUAGAAUGUUGUGAGAGAAGAAUAUUAACGCUUUGACUUAGCCAAAGAUCUUUUUAUAGCUACUACAUACGUUUAUUCUGAAAGAAAUAAUAAAAGAAUAAAAUAAAAGCAGUAGUUAUAAUAAUAAAGUUUUUAUUGCACUGAAAAUGACACAUAUAAAAAGCUAUAUAUAUAUAUGAUGAUGAUGAAAUAUACAAAUAAAGUAUAAAUAUAAACCAAACAUAAACUUAAAAUAACGUGAAAGCAAAAUUUAGAAUAAAUGCUCUUUUGAAAUUUAAAAAAUAAUCUAUUUAAUGUUAUUUUACUAAAUAAUAUCUAAUUUGAUAGGUACUUGAUUAAACUUAUAAUUUGAUGUUAAUAUAUAUAUAUAUAUAUUUUUUUUUUUUUUAAUUAUAUAUCAUUUAUAGAUGUAAUAGGCUUCCAACAAUGACAUUUUUUUAAAUAAAAGCAAGUGUAAAUUAUGCACAUACAAUCCAACAAUUUAGUCUGUAAUCAAAGCUAAACUAACUAUUCUAAAAUUUACAUAUUUGGUUUACAAGGGAUUUAUUUAAAAUAAUAACAAAUAAACAGAGAAACACGAUAUAACAACAUAAAUUAGAAAAAUAUCACAAGAGAUACAAAAAAAAAAAAAAUAAAUAAAAAAAAUAAAAAAAUAAAAAUAAAAAAGAAAAAAAAAAGAAAAAAAAAACAAUAUUUGCUGUAAAGAAUUAUUGUAAAUACAGGUGUCUCUAUUUCUUUUAAGUGAAAAGUAAUAGAAAUCAUAAAAAUACAAAUUUUCUAUUUUGUAAACGAUUUUUAAAAUUACUAUAGACGUUAUUCCUUGAAUAUUUAUUUUAUAUAAAUUAUACUUUACAUUUAAGAUCCUUGUAUACUUAAUUGUAUACUAAAAGAUGUCUGUAAGUUCAUAGAUAUAUAAAAAUAGUAUUUAUGUUGUAAAGUUGUAUUUUAUGUUCUAUUUAUUUCAAACAGAUUUUUAAUACGAUUCAUUGAUUAUUUCUAAGAACAAAAAAAAUUAAAUUUUUUUUGUAAUAUUAUGAAAUAAUUAUGAAAAUAAAUAUCAACGAAUAGUGGAAAAUAUUAUAAUUGUAUUAAUGGUACAAACUUACUAUUAGGAACAAGUUUUUAAAAGCUGAUAAAUGAGUACAUGCAGUUUUUUUAAAUCAUUAUACAAUUGGUAAUUGCAAUAGAAUUAUCAUUUGAUUAUAAUAGAAUUGUCAUCAUUACUGUCAUCGAUACUGUGAACAAAGAAACCUUUUUUCGAUGGUCAAAUUACUUUAUAGUUUUUCAAUUGAUUAUUGAAGAUUAUAAGGUUUUCUUUUCAAACAUACAUAUACAUACAUACAUACAUAUAUAUAUAUAUAUAUAUAUAUAUAUAUAUAUAUAUAUAUAUAUAUAUAUAUAACUUUUACGUAAUAUAUAUAUUGAUGUUUUAAUAAUUUAACUUAAACUAAAUGUUAAAUCAUGGAGUCAUAUUAAAAAUACAAGUCAUAGCAUUUUCAAAAUUAUCUACAUCUUGCAUCUUCAAGAAAUGUUUAUUUAGGAAGCUUUUGAUUAAAUAUAUCGAUAAAUUUUUUCCAUUCGCCUUUUUGUCAUUAUUGGCAUAAAUAUGUACACAGUGGUAUGUGUUAUUAAAUUGAUUAAAAAAGAAAAAAUAAAUUAUAAUUUGCAUUGAUAAAUAUUAUGCAAAUUUUGUAAUCAACAAAUAUAGAAAGUAAAAAAAAAAAAAAAAAAAAAA